AAAAGUCUUCGUGCUUCAAUUAAGUGCAUUAGCAUCAAGAUGGACUGACACGUGCUUUAGGCCAGACUUGAAUAGUGGGGGUAGAAACAUGCUAUCUGUUCCUCAGGCUCCUCCUGCGAUGGCUGCUAGACCAACAUGGCAGUCAGAUGCGGACACCGCGGACAGGCAAAUGAUGACGGAACAUAUAUACCAGAUAUUUCAGGCAAGGAGACCGUCAACACAGCAGUAUAAUGCAAAGCUUCCAGAGUUUGUUAAGCGGCUGGAGGAGGGGCUGUAUCGGUCGGCAAAUAGCAAGGAGGAAUACACUGAUAUGAAAACACUUGAACAGCGUUUGCACGAUGUCGCGAAGCGCUUUGUUGGGCGCCCGUCCCAGCAGCAGGCUCCCCAGACCGGAGCGCCUGGAGGAGUGUUGCAGGGAGCCCCGAUGCAGCAGAACGGACUGCAGCAGCCUUCAUCUACUUCUGGACAAAUGCCAGGCAUGAUGAAUAUGGGUAUGCCAGGCAUGCCGGCGCAGUUUCAGGUUCCCCAAAGCCAGCCCAUGCAGACCCAGAGCUUCAUGCCCAGCACCGGAGGGCUGCCUGGUAGCAUGGGCCUACCUGACCCGCUACGCAACCAGAUGCCACAAUUAGGUGGCAUGGUUCCCACGCAGCCAAUGCAGCAGCUGGACCAGACUGGACAGUACCCGCAGCUCUUGGGCGGAAACAACCCAACUUUUAACUCAGCCGCGACCAUGCCCCAGAGCGUUAUGAGCAAUGGAGCUCCGGUGCUUAUACGUGGACAACGCGACUGGAACGGGAAUUCCGGGCAGCAGCUGCUUGGGGGACAACAGGGACAGCAAAACAUGAACAAGCUAACAAUUAACGGCCUCCUCCCGGGUCAGCUCGCAACUGGACCUGGAAUGAUGCAGCAGCAGCAACCUCUGCAGCAGUCCGGCUUCAUGCCCAACAGCUCAACAGGCGGUCCUGGUGGCAUGAUACCAAUGGGGAACAGCAUGGUCCCAAACACCGGCAUGGUCCCCAACGGAGGCAUGAUGCCAAGUGGCGGCAUGGUUCCCAACGGAGGCAUGGUCCCCACGGGCGGCAUGGUGCCCAACGGGGGCAUGGUCCCCACGGGGGGCAUGGUUCCUGGCGGCGGGAUGGUGCCAAACAGCGGCAUGGUUCCCAACAACGGCAUGGUCCCCAACAACGGAAUGAUGCCGAACGGGGGCAUGGUCUCGAGCAGCGGCAUGGUACCGAACAAUGGCAUGGUUCCCAACGGCGGCAUGGUGCCCACGGGAGGCAUGGUGCCCAACGGGGGCAUGGUGCCCAUGAUCCCUAACGGCGGCAUGGUCCCCAACGGCGGCAUGGUGCCAAACCCCGGAAUGGUGCCUAACAGCGGCAUGGUACCGAACAGCGGCAUGGUUCCCAACGGUGGCAUGGUCCCCACGGGCGGCAUGGUGCCGAAUGGAGGCAUGGUGCCGAUGAACACGGGGCUGCCUAUGAACACAGCCGGCUCGCCCCUGCUGGGCAGCGUCGGGAACUUUGGUGGGCCGCAGUCCGUGGGAGCCGGAGGCAUGGGAGGAAUGGGGCCAAGCCUGCCGGGCAUGGUCCCCGUUGGCGGCAUGGGUAACUCUGGCUCCUCGCUGCCGGGGAUGAUGCCAGUUCACAAUAACACGCCCGGCUUUUCCGGGAACAGCGGCGUGGGUGGGCCCAUGAUGAACCCCAGCAUGCCGCAACUUGGUCCCAACUCGGGCCCAACUCCGGCGCUAGGGGUGCCGGAGGAGAUGAACCCGAAGGUCCACGAGCAGUACGUGCAGAAGCAGCAGCGCUGGCUGCUGUUCUUGCGGCACUGCGCCAAGUGCCGGGCGCCCGGCGAGGAGUGCCAGCUGAAGACGCAGUGCAAGUUCGGCAAGCAGCUCUGGCAGCACAUCCUGUCCUGCCAGAACGCCGCGUGCGACUACCCGCGUUGCACGAGCUCGAAGGAGCUCUUAAAGCACCACCAAAAGUGCACGGCGCCGGCAUGCCCCAUCUGCGCUCCGGUAAAGGACUACGUUAAAAAGACCCGGCAGGCGACGCACCAGCAGCAGCAACAGCAGCAGCAGCAGCAACAACAGGGUUCGGGUGGGCCGUACAUGCCCGGCCAGCCGAACAUGAUCCCCAACGGCAUGAUACCCACGCAGCAACAACAGCAGCAGCAGCAACAACAACAACAACAGCAGCAACAGCAGGCGAUGCGGAUGAACAGCGGGCUGGGCGGGACGAAGCGCACUCACGACAUGAUGGGCGUGGGGCCGGGGGGCAUGGAGGGCAUGAGCAGGAUGGUGCCGGUGUCGGGCGGCGUGGGGGUGGGCAUGGGCAUGCCGGACCCCAUGCAGCCGCAGAUGCAGCCGACGCAACCGCAGCCGCAGGCGCAAGGGCAGCCGCCCAUGAUGCAGCCGCAGCAGCAGCAGCCCGCGCCUAAACGGCCCAAAACGGAGGACGUGUUGCGGCAGAACACGGGUACCUCGCUGCUGGAGACGUUUGACGCGAAGCAGAUCCGGGUGCACGUGGACCUCAUACGCGCGGCAGCGGUGACGCAGAAGGCGCAGCAGGCGCCACCGGAGAACCCGGAGGACGCUUGCAAGGUGUGCACCCUAACAAAGCUCUCGUUCGAGCCGCCGGUCAUCUACUGCACGGCGUGCGCGCUGAAGAUCAAGCGCGGGCAGAUCUUUUACAGCACGCCGCCGGAGCACGGCAACGACCUGAAGGGCUACUUCUGCCACCAGUGCUUCACCGACCAGAAGGGGGAGCGGAUCGUGGUGGAGGGGGUGUCCAUAAAGAAGACAGACCUGGUGAAGCGGAAAAAUGACGAGGAGAUCGAGGAGGGCUGGGUGCAGUGCGACAACUGCGAGGGCUGGGUGCACCAGAUCUGCGGCAUGUUCAACAAGGGCCGCAACAACAACGAUGUACACUACCUGUGUCCGGAGUGCCUAGCGUACGGCUUCGAGCGGGGGCACCGAGAACGGACGGUGAUCCGGCCCCAGGCCAUGUUGGAGGCCAAGGACCUGCCCACCAGCAAGCUGAGCGACUGGAUCACGGAGCGACUCAACCGGGAGCUGGAGCGGGAGCGCAUUCGGAGAGCGGAGCAGCAGGGCAAGCAGCCGCACGAGGUACCGGCUCCGGAGCCCCUCACCGUGCGCAUGAUCAACAGCGUGAUGAAGAAGUGCGAGGUGAAGCCCAAGUUCCUGGAAACCUUCGCGGCGGACGGCUACGCCUCGGAGUUCCCCUACCGGCAAAAGGUGCUGCUGCUGUUCCAGAGCCUCGACGGGGUGGACGUCUGCCUCUUCUGCAUGUACGUGCAGGAGUACGGCAGGGAGUGCCCCGCGCCCAACACCAACGUGGUGUACCUGUCGUACCUGGAUUCGGUCAAGUACUUCCGGCCGGAGAUCCCCUCGGCCAUGGGGCCCGGCGUGUCGCUGCGCACGUUUGUGUACCACCAGCUGCUGAUCGGCUACGUGGAGUUCACUCGCAACAUGGGAUAUGAGCAGAUGUACAUCUGGGCGUGUCCGCCCAUGCAGGGCGACGACUACAUCCUGUACUGCCACCCCACCAAGCAGAAGACGCCGCGCUCCGACCGGCUGCGCAUGUGGUACAUCGACAUGCUCAAGUCGGCGCGCGAGGAGGGCAUCGUGGUGCACCUGUCCACGCUGUGGGACUCGUACUUCGAGGGCGGGCGGGACCACCGCAUGGAGAAGUGCAGCGCCACGCACAUACCCUACAUGGAGGGGGACUACUGGCCGGGCGAGGCGGAGAACCAGCUGGCCUCCAUCGCCGACCACCAGCGCGGCGGCAAGGGGCCCAAGAAGGGCGCCACCAGCUCCACGGGCGCGGUGCUGCCCAGCCGCAAGGCGGGCUCCAAGGGCAAGCGCUACGGCGGCGGGCCGGCCACCACGGACGAGCAGCUCAUGUCGCGGCUGGGGGAGAUCCUGGGCGGCAACAUGCGCGAGGACUUCAUCGUGGUGCACAUGCAGCAGCCCUGCACCUUUUGCAGGACGCACAUCCGCGGACCCAACAUCGUGUACCGCUACCGGGUACCCCCCGGCGCCACGCCGCCCAAGGCCGCCCCGGAGCGCAAGUUCGAGGGCAUCAAGCUGGAGGGCGGCGGCAUGUGCGUCCCCGUGGGCACCGUGACGCAGCUGACGGUGUGCGAGGCGUGCUUCCGGGAGGAGGAGACGCGGCUGAUGACCAACCAGCAGCUGCGGCUGCCGGCGGGGGUACUGCCCUCGGACCUGGUGGUGGAGAAGCUGGAGGAGCAGCCGCUGUGGGACCGAGACCCGGACGGCGACAUGGAGAGCGAGUUCUUCGAGACGCGGCAGACCUUCCUCUCGCUCUGCCAGGGCAACCACUACCAGUUCGACACGCUGCGGCGCGCCAAGCACAGCAGCAUGAUGGUGCUCUACCACCUCCACAACCCGCACUCGCCCGCCUUCGCCAGCAGCUGCAACGUGUGCCAGGCGGAGAUCGCGCCGGGGUGCGGCUUCCGCUGCACCGUCUGCACCGACUUUGACAUGUGCGAGAGCUGCAAGCUCAACGUGGGCCAUGCGCACCCCGUCGUGCCGCACAAGCGCGCGCUGGACGAGACCCGGACGCGGUUAACGGAGGCGGAGCGGCGCGAGCGUAACGAGCAGCUGCAGAAGACGCUGGCGCUGCUGGUGCACGCGUGCAGCUGCCACAACAACGCCUGCACCAGCAAUAGCUGCCGCAAGGUGAAGCAGCUCUUCCAGCACGCGGUGCACUGCCAGGCCAAGGUGACGGGCGGCUGCCAGCUGUGCAAGAAGAUGUGGUGCCUGCUCAACCUGCACGCCAAGAGCUGCACGCGCUCGGACUGCCCGGUGCCGCGCUGCAAAGAGCUCAAGGAGCUGCGGCGGCGUCAGACCAACCGCCAGGAGGAGCAGCGCCGCGCCGCGUACGCGCAGAUGCUCCGGCAGCAGGUUGCCAUGUAGAUACCCGGGGACCCACUGCAUCCCGGCCCAUACCCACCAUGCAUGCGGCCACCCGGCUGCUGGCGCCGCGGGCGCAGCUGCUGCAGGUAGCUUGGCUGUGUCGGCCGAGCUGCAUGUGUGGUCUUGCUUACGGCUGUUACUGUGUUGUUAGAUGCACCGUGGCAGACACGCAUGCGGGCAUGCUGAGAGUGUUGGCCGCCCGUGCUUGGGGCCGGUUUUUUGGGAUCCUUGGCGAGCUAGCGCUGCUUUGCAGCGGCCUCGUUGUAGCGGCACUGCUGCUAGUGGUAAGGGCCCGAUGUUGCGGCGAGAGGCUGCUUGUUGGUGGAACAGGAAGUGGACUGUUAGGAGGACGGGCCGGAGGCUUGCGUUGAUUGUACACUUGUUUCGUUUCGUUGUUCCAUGCCCUCGGGUUGGGUUGGAAGGGUUGGGGAUGCUCCAGCAGGGUACAAACAUUGCGACCGGAUGAGGGAUGAUGAGCUUUUUAUAUGGAUUGUGGAUUCGUGGAUUCGACCAUGUUGUCAGCGGCGCGCUCAUUCCACUUUGUGUGAUGGGCGGUGGAAGGGCGCCGUGUGUGGUGGUGGUGGUGUGCACACAGUUAUAAUCGCAUGCGCACUCUUUGUCCAUGAUGAUUUAUCAACGGCGGUUUCCGUGCGGCAGAAACACUGCGGUCGGGACGCCUGGUGGGCGAUUAACGGUACUAACCAGGGACGAUGAGAGUGGCAUGCAUGGGGGACUAUAGGCGAUGGACGGGAUGCUAUAAGACCAGAGCAGUUGGGCCCUUUUAGUAAAUCACGGUUCGUGCAGCAACCGGCGUGUGGCGUAGGGCUCUUGCGCCGCCUGCAAUCCGUGGCUCUUGAGCGGGGAGAUACGCUGACAUUUUCACCGCAAACGCUGCGAGCGCAAAAGAGAGCCGCGUGGCUGUGCCUCAUGGGCAGUCCUUGUGCGUAGCCGUGUGUGCCUCAGCAUUCGCAGAUUUGCGUGUUGUGUGUGUGGAAGUGUGAGUGUUACGGUGCGCGUGUUUGUGUGUGAGUGUUUAAGCAUGUCCGUUUUGCGAACGUGGGCUUUUACCCUGCGCACAAGUGCAGGAGCGAGAGGGACGCACACCAAUGGCCACACACAAGGACAGGACAGAAACACACUUGGUUGCAGACGCUUGCUAAAGCUUAUAAUGUGGUGGUGGUGUUUUUGACGUUGGAUCGCUUUCCUUUUGGACCUCUUUCGAGACGAAUUCCCGCUAUAGGCGCUGGCUGCACCGGAGGACACAAUCCCUCACCUGUUUUUACGGCUGCUGUGUGGUUUACGGCAGCAGCACACAGCCCGUUACGGUGCACAUGUACUAUCUUCCCUGACCAUCUUGUGUGUGUUACGUGUUCUGACAGGCGCAUGGCGCCAAGUCUUAUAUUACUGGCCAGCACUGGCAUGACACUUCCUUCCUGGCUACGCACGAGGCUCCUAAUAAGCCCCUGCGGACAGGUGCCCCCAGGGCCCACUGUAUGAAAGGGCUGUAACCGGGUAGCGGCUCCUCUGGUCGGCUUCCGUACUCCCCUCAUG